AUGACUCAAAGAACGGCCGCAAGAUCUGCUUCUGAAUUCAAACAAAUACUUCGAAAAUCAACACAUGAAAAGUCAAAGACAGCUGAAAAAACAUUAUCGUCACCAACUUCUCGAAAAAGAAAAUCAAACGUGAUAAAAACCAAAUUUUCUAAAAUAACUUCAAAAGCUAAUCAAACUUUAUCAAAAAGAACUGGCAUAACUAAUUCAAAAUACAUUAAGCGUGACAGCAAAUCAAAACCUAGUUUAAUGAAACAAAAAUUAAAAACUGUUACUGAUAAAAAUGAUGAUGAUGAAAUGUCAUCAAACAAUAAUUUAGAAUCAAAGAAAAGACAAUCAGAAAAAACAAUAGUUCAAACGUAUAAUGUAAUGGAGGUUAAUAAAUUGUCUAAAGAAUUUCCUGAUGAGUAUUGGCAAUUUCAUGCUGAGAGUGGUUAUGGAAUGAUAAGUUCUAUUCUUGGUAUGGUUCUUUCACCUGAUGGUACAAUGCUUGCUACACUUAGUAUUUACGGAGUUGUUAAAAUAUGGGAUACCAUAGAUUUUAGAAUGCUUCAAAAAAUGAGAGAUGUGAAAGAAAAGAAUAUCGAUGAAUUUUAUGUUGGAAAGUUUACACCUAGUCAUACACAUUUGAUUGUUGGUGGAAAGUUAAAGGAUCGGUACAAAUGGGAUGAAGAAGAGCGUGAUAAUCCCGUAUUACCAGGUCCAUUAAAGAUUUUUGAUGUUAUCGCGGGAGAAUGUAUUGGUAAACUUGAGGGACAUGUUGAAGAAGUUUUAUCUAUUAAAAGUGUUAUAUUUAAAGGAGAAAAUUAUUAUAUAACUACAAGUCAAGAUGGUUAUUUUAUUAAAUGGAAGAUGGACGAUGAUUGGAUUACAUUAAAAGAAAAAAUACUUAUCGAAGAUGGUUAUAUAGUAUUUUAUAUUUCAUUUCUUCCAAAUACUGGUAAUAAAUAUUUUUUGGCUGCUAUAGAUGAUAUAAUUAAAUUAUAUGAUUUUGAAACUGGUCAGCUUUUACAAAAUUUUGAAGAAAGCCUUUAUUCACAAUAUUGUGAUUGUGUAAAAUUCAUACAUCCAAAAAUUUUAUCUGGGAAUAGAUGUAAAUCACCACAGCCAUCAGAGUCUACUGCCACUCCUCUUCAAUAUGCAUAUUUUAUAACUAGAGGUGUUGAGACGAUAGUGUCUGAAUAUGCAAAAAUAGCUAGAAAUGGCGAAGAUUUUCUAUUAGAAAAAGUUAGAAUCUUUCAACAUGAUAGUUAUGUAUCUAAUUCUUGGUUUGUGAAAGUUUCGUCAAAUGGUCGGUAUCUUGCUGCACCAACAAUGAAAGGAGAAGUUUGUAUAUUUAAUCUAAGGACUGGAAAUAUUGUUGCAAUACUUGAUGAUCAUGAAAGUAAUUAUUUUUUAAAAGCUUUUCUUUUUCUUUAA